UUUUCUGAAUGUAAUACGCACAGUGUGUCCUCCCGUCAGCCCGGAGCACCUGGAUGUCGCGGCUGCCGGACAUUCCUGUCAUAGCGAUGGCGCGGGGCGGCUCCCCGGCUGUAGGCGAUGCACAUGGUUCUUCUCAAUCUUGGGCCCUCGUGUGCCCCAGGGCGUUCUGAACUGCCACCAGCACAGACGUCUGUAGUUACUGGUUAUAGUGGAUAUGAUGAGGGUAGUAGUGCUGGUUCCGAGCACCUGGGCCUUCUGUCCAUGUCGCGGGUGGAGCCGCGUCCGUUAUUUAUACAAGGUCUGUUCUCUCCCCUCCCUCUGGUGUAGACCCAUGGCACGUCGGUCCCAGAGCUCCUCACAGGGGGACAACCCUCUGGACCCCAAUUACCUGCCCCCGCACUACAAGGAGUAUUACCGCAUUGCUAUCGAUGUCCUAGCGGAGGAGGGGCCGGAGGCAUAUGAGCGCUUCCUCGCUGAGGAGGGGGCGCCAGACUUCUUGUCACAUUCUGAAAUUGACCACAUCUCAAAACACUUGCAAAGACCCCCAGAGCCCACCCAGGAAAGUCUAUACCCGGACCUUGUUUAUAGUGGACAAGAGGAGGAUGAUGGCUCGUCAGGGACCUACUGGCCCAUGCACUCGGACACGGCCGCCCCAGAGCUGGACCUCGGGUGGCCCACUGUCUUUGGCUUUCAGGGGACAGAGGUGACGACGCUGAUCCAUCCACCCCCUCCGGAGAGUCCUAGUAUUAAGGAAGAAGUGCGAAGGAUGAUCCGGUCAGCACAACAGGUCAUUGGGAUUGUCAUGGACUUCUUCACCGAUGUAGACAUCCUCUCAGAUCUCCUAGAUGCUGCUGCCCGACGUGUUCCAGUCUACAUCAUCCUGGAUGAGAUGAACUGUCAGCACUUUCUUGACAUGGCGUCUAAGUGUAGGGUCAACCUGAACUUUGUAGAGUUCCUGAGGGUGCGGACCGUCUCUGGCCCCACGUAUUUCUGCAGGACAGGCACCACGUUCAAGGGUAACCUUCUGGAGAAGUUCAUGCUAGUGGACUGUACAGUGGUGCUCAGUGGUACAUACAGCUUUAUGUGGUCAUUUGAGAAGAUCCACCGCAGCAUAGCGCACAUCUUCCAGGGAGAACUGGUUUCGAGCUUUGAUGAAGAAUUCCGGAUUCUGUUUGCCCAGUCUGAACCACUUAUCCCCCCUGAGAAUGCUUUGAAGAUGGAAAAACCCUACAUGGGGAUGGUCCCGUUUGCCGGCCAACGCCCUUUCUUUGAACGAAAGCUUCACUUCAUGUACCCUAGAGAUGACAGCUCCCAGAACUCUUUCAACUCCUUUGGUGUAGAUCUGGACCGCCAUUACAUGCAGGCAUUCCGCAGAGAUGACAUGAUGAGACAGACAGUAGACCCUACUGCCAUGAGAUUCCAUGGGCCAAAGGUUCCAGAACACAUGCAGAUGCAAACGCAAAUGGAUAAAAUGCAGAUGUCCUUCAUGCAAAACAAACACUUGGAUGUUGAUGCCUUUAAGAGGCACAGCUUUGCAGAAGGCACCUUCGAGAACUACACAGCUUCUAAACAAUACGCCAGGCAAAUGUAUAUGAACACUGACAAUAAUGAGUACCGCUUCCAGUCAAGUCAGUUCCAGAAAAGUCAGUUUCUACAAAUGGAUCGUACAGGGCGGACACAAGGACUCUUCGAGAAGAUUCGAGGCAACCGUCAGGGUUUGCAAGACACCGAUGACAUGGAUUCCAGGUUUCCUCAUUAUAAAACAUUGCAGGGAGAAGGUAAUUAUGCUAUUGAGGGGCCACACACAAGGCUGGGCUACAACCCCUCCAACUCAUCUCGAGAGGUUAAACAUGGCUCAGACCAGGUAGUUCUGGGGAGCGAAGAAAGAUUUGGCCAAAGAUCACAAAGUCGUCAGAAGUUCAUGUGUCAAAUGUCGCCCACACAAAAACAGAGCACCGAGCAAAAGCAGUUUUUUCAAGAUCAAGAUGCAGACAAAAAAAUUCAAGAAAACAAGCAAGGUCUACGGAGCUGGCGCAUCUCCUCGUACUUGAGUGGAAUUCAGCCAGACCAGGAAGAGGAAGGAAUGAUGAUGGCUUUAGAUUCAGAACCUUUUGAGGAAGCUUCUGUUCCUAUAGAAAAACCAGUAACUACAAGUGAGACAUUGUCAAGGUAUUCUAUUGAUCCCAUCCCACCGUAUAAACCCAUAUUAGCUGUUAGUGAGACCCCUCCGCAAGUAGACACAAGCAAAGAGAUAUCCUUGUUAGACAAGGAGAAAGAAGAUUCCUUCCUAUCACGACAUGAUUCCUUCCGGUCACGGACUAACCCCUUGCUUCAAAGAAGUUCCCGCUUAAGGUCCUCCCUUAUAUUUAGCAACUCUAAACUGGAGCAGCAUGGUUCUACAACCGAAGCUGUGCAAGUUAUUCAAAAGGAGCAGAGUACAAGUGAGGUGGUCAAAGACAAUGAGGUCAUAAAGACAUCCUCCAAAGUAGCUGAGAUUCUGGAGAAGUACAGAAGUGGCAGCAAAGACAACGAAGUGACCUCCAUAGUGCAAGCCAAAGCGGCCUCUAAAGUCAUCCAGGAGGAGAAAGAGGAUGGACAGAAAAAAAACACUACUGAAACUGUGGCUUACAAAUCCCUGGAAUCCAAACUUCUGGACAAAGAUUCAUUUAGUCGAACACUCUUUGAGUCACAGUAUCGGUCUUCAGUCACCUCUCAGUUCCAGGACCUUUUCAGCAAAGAUAGACCGACAAGCUCCAUUACCAAGGUUGAACAAAGGGUCUCAAGUAUCAAAACAAUAAACAGCAGCACGGCUUCCCUUCUUGAGCCGAAAGAGAGUGGGCCCAUUAUCACUGAAAUUACAGAUGAACCAAAACUUCCAGAGGUUGAAGUGCCAAAGCCACCAAGCAAACCAAACUCUGGUCUUCUGUUUGGCAAUGCUCUAGAAAGUAUGUCCCAAAACCCCAUUCCUGCCAUCACUUCUCCAUCCACCACCACCACCUUAACCAAAUCAGAAGAAGAACUGUCAAAAACAGAGCCGACACCAAUGGAGUUCAUCCGAAGAGGGUCCAUGAGGCUCAAGCAAUUUCUUCAAUCACAAAAAGAGAAGAAGGCAGAAGAGGAGGCAGUUUCAGAUGCUGCUAAAGUAGAGAAACAGAAUAAUGCCUUAAGACGUCUGUCUAAAACUGAGAUCUCUGAGCCAACACCGGUGUUUGAGACUGAGGACAAGACCACUAAACUAGCAUCUACUUCUCCACCCAAACACACAUCUACAUCUCAGUCCAGGUUGUCUGCUUCAACCUCAAAUGUAAUCUUCAGUAGUAACCUGCGUGAUGACACCAAGGUGAUCUUAGAGCAAAUAUCCGCCAAUAGUCAAAAAAAUAGGGCGGAGAUGGCCAAGCAGUCCCAGGCUUUAACCACCAGUGAUUCAGAGGUGAGCACUGCCAUUUCCAACUCAACAGAGACCAAAGUAGAAGUCACCAGCAGUCCGGACUCAACUUCUAUCACCAGGACUGGAAGCUUCUUAAGUCGAUUCUCGCGACCUUCUCAGACUUCUCCAGAGGACAGAGAUAACCUGCUAAAGCGGAUGGAGAGUAUCCGGAAGGAAAAACGAGUCUAUAGUAGGUUUGAAGUGUUCUGCAAAAAGGAAGAACCUAACCAAGCGGAGGAAAUCGAGGAUGACUCGAAGGAUAAAAAAGUGGGCAAACUGCUGGGGAAGUUAGGAACUCUGAUCAAGAAAUAACCAUAGACAUGAUCCAAGUGUUUCCAUCUGGUGCCAAUAACCCCUUGAAUAUUCGGAGGGCUCUUUGUGUUAAAAAUUCCCGCAGAGGUCAUACAUUGAAACCUGCAUUGUCGUCGUCUCUGCGCACUUGUGUCAUGGAAACUUUUAUAUCAAUAAUAGAAAUUACAUGGAACAGAAGAAAUCUCUCAGGUGGACUUUAAGAAACGGUACUGACCCAUCAUCGAAGAUUCCACUUGUGCCUUAAAUGUGGGGAGCGGCGUCAUGACUACUGCCUUCCCUCUGCAGUUCUCGAACUACAAGUCCCACAUUUGUGCCAUGCUGGGACUUGUAGUUCCAGACCUUCCUGACACAGCUGGCCUGCUACAGAGAUUGCAUUACAUUAAUUUAUUCAGUAGAGUGGAAAAACUUGACAGGUACCAGAUGGAUAAUGGCGAGAACAUCGAGGUGGAGGUUGUGUGGAGUCUUUUUGCAAUAUCCCCGCUGGACGAAGCACUGAAAACAGUUUUUCUACCAUUUGUAAAUAGCUGUGUAUAUUAGCGGUAUGAAUGAUGGUGGUCUCCUGGCACAAAAUCCAAGUGGCAGUCCUGUUGGAUACAAUGCUGCGUAAGCUGUCAGAGCUGAGGAGGUCUGUAUUCGUUAUGGUGCAGGAGGCAGCGAGUGGCUGUAACCAGUGCCACCAGUCAGCUGUUGCUGGUUUGUCUGGACGGUGGCUCUUGGUUACGGCAGAUUUUCCUGCACAGUCGUAUUUUAGGAUUCUAGGAGUACAUAUCAAAACCAGCAAAUGAAAGGGCCAGACCAGUCAUUAUGGGAUGAAAACUCCUGGAGAUUUUAGUAGACUUGUUUUUUAGAUGCCUUGCCAUUUUCAAGAUCUAUGCUUGCUGUCAGAGAGUACAGUCUUGUUUACAUUCAGAGGCUGUGAACCCCCUUCUGCUGCCACUGCUGGUGGAGCUGUUAGAAUGUAUCAGUGUUUGGCGACAGGUGGAGUCAGACAGGAUGGGUUUUUUAUCCUCUACUUGCUGGCAGUGAAUGGCGACAUUCAUUGUUUACAUUCAAAUAUUUAGCAAACUGAAUUGAAACACAAAGUAUUUUUACAUAGGGGUACUUUCAUAGUAGCGUUGUUAGAAUCCGGCAUAAGCCGUAUACAAACGGAUAGCUUUUUUUUCCCCCAGAUCAGUUUUUUUUCCCACAUCCGGAAUAACGGAUCCGGUAUUUAAAUUUGUUCAAAGAUCAAAAGCGAAAGUAGCUCCUCCUAUAUCUCGGCGCAUGCGCAGACCGGAAAACCAGAUCCGUCGAUACGGCAAUUUCCGGAACACUUGGUACCGGAUCCGGCAUUAAUACAGCUCUAUGGAAAUGCGGUAUUGUUCUGGGAUUUUGGCCGGAAAAAAUCCCGCAGCAAGCUGCAGUAUUUUGUCAGGUCAAAUACCGUACAAGGGACGGAACGGAAGGCAUCCUGAUGCAUACUGAACGGAUUGCUUUCCAUUCAGAAUGCAUUAGGACAAAACUGAUGCGUUUUUUCCCGGAAUUGAGACCCUUUACCGAAUUUCAAUACCAGAAAAGAAUAACGCUAGUGUGAAAGUACCCUAAGACUGGACGGCCUGAGGGUAGACAAGCCUGGGCGUUGUGGUCCCACAGUUUUGAGGAGCUGCAGACUUGCUGCCACAACCCCAGUAUUGGAGUCAUUGUGUUGGAUCACCUGCUGUAUUAUCCUGUGUGUUGUGGCCUUGGGCCCGCUCCAUUUUGCACAGCCUACUGAGGACGUAGGAGCACUGAUUGUAUUACUACUGACAUGGAACCAUGGGUGGGCUGCAGAGCUGACACUCAGUGACUACUAUGUAUAAUGUGUGAGGAUGUCUUCUGCUUUCUAUGGUGACUAAGGUAAUGUCUGGUGUGAAUAAAAUUUAGUGUAAAGGUGGAAUUGUAUUACAAGCAUUGCAGGAUGUAAAGCAUGCAAUCAUUGUACUUCCCUCCUAACGCCUGUAGGGGGCAGUGCAGGGACCAGCAUAAAGACAGGCUCAGGUGUCAUGUGCCGAAAUAAAACCAUUCUUAUCAA